CUCCUUGCAGGCAGAGGGUAUUGUCAUGGAAACUAGACCACCGCCUUGCUAUUGUCUCCGCGCGCUGCCAACUUUAUUAUAAACCGUGCGCAAACUGCAACGGACUGUCAAACGGAGCAAGAGCGCACGAGCUGAAGUGGGUGGACAGAGGUAAACUGUGCCAUUGAAACUCUACUGGAUUAUUCCAAGACUUCACAGCAUCUUCUGUUGAGUUAGUGACCAGGAUUUGGAUGCCACAAGAGCCACUGAGGACUGAACAUUCUUGAUUUGUUUUCACCAUUGUCAGCCCAGUACAACAGAUUGUCGCGGGUCUGAAAGUCACUCCUGGCACUUUUUCCCGUGCACACACCGGUCAUUCAGCCGGUCCACAUCCAUGUAUAAGAUGGAUUACUCAUAUCUGAACUCCUAUGACUCCUGCAUGGCAGCCAUGGAAGCCUCUGCCUACGCGGACUUCAGCUCUUGCAGCCAAGCCAGUUCGUUCCAGUACAACCCGAUUAGGAGCGGGCCCUUCUCUAACCCGGGCUGCACUCCUCUCAGCACGGCCAGCUGCACCCUGGGAGCGCUGCGGGAGCACCAGCCCACACCGUACUCUUCAGUACCGUACAAGUUUUUUUCGGAUCCGUCAGGCCUGAAUGAGAAGAGGAAGCAGCGGCGGAUCCGGACCACCUUCACCAGUUCCCAGCUCAAAGAACUUGAGCGCGUUUUCGCAGAAACUCAUUACCCGGACAUUUACACGCGCGAGGAGCUGGCACUGAAGAUAGACCUGACCGAGGCGCGCGUACAGGUGUGGUUCCAAAACAGGCGUGCAAAGUUCCGCAAGCAGGAGCGAGCAGCCAAAGCAAACAGCUCUGGAGGAUCCACGGGCAGCACCGGGAGCAGCUCUACGGGCAAGAAGAACGGAGAGCCCAGAUCCUCCUCAGAUGAUGAAGAGUCUAAAGAGUCCACCUGUAGCCCCACGCCUGACAGCACUGCCUCCCUGCCCGGGUCAGGCAACGGGAACUUGGGCAGCCCUGCUAGCCUCAGCCCCAGCCCUGCACCUGCGGGUACAGUCUACAACACCUCCAGCUCCCCAGUGCUCCAGGGGCUCAAGGCACCCAGCUGGUCCAACCUGGGGCCUGCCAACCCAGCCGUAGCUCAGCCUGCAGCCCAGACUCAAGAGAUCAUCAAAGCCUGGCAGCCGGACAGUAUGACCGGGCCCUUUGCUGGAGUGCUGUCCUCUUUCCACAGAAAACCCAACCCGGCGGCCAUCAAGACAAACCUGUUUUGAAGCACAGAGCGGGAGAGCUGGGAUAAGACACGCAGGCUGAUUGAGACUAUGAACACUACAGGUGCAAACAGCUGUACUCUAAUCCUGCUUUGACAUCAACCUUUUUUGGGCAGAACAAGUUUAGAGAUGAACAAAUGUCUUGGUAUGUUGCAAAUUGUGCACAUAGUGUUUAAACCUGCAAAAAUCAAACCGUUAAAAUCGUAUGACAACAAAAUCUACUAAAUAUGUACUAAAUGUCCACUGAGGCCUUUCUCUCAAAGCAAAUUUAUAGUUGGACAAAUUUGAAUCACGUGUACAGACAACUUUUGUAUUACCCACAAUGUUAUAAUUUACUGGUCGUUUUUUGUUUUGUUUUUUUGGGUUUGUUUAAUGUCCAACCUUUUUCUCACAAAUGCCUCAUUGUAGUAAGACCCUAUUCAGUAUGUAAGUCAAGUCCGGAUGUAAGUUGUGGAACUAACUCCAGUCUUUGCUGAGAAUACAAAACAAACUUGCCAGCAAGCACAACCUCCUUUAAGCCCCUGACUCAGACAAUAAGAAAGGAAAACAACUUUACAAAUCUUCACUCCACAAUCCAAUAACUUGUAAUGGGAACCCCCCUGGCUUCCUCUCCAUUGUCAUACCCUGUCUCUCAGCUGUGACCCAAAAAUACACAAAACAAAUGUCAAUUAAAUUAGUAUUUAUUUAGCAAAUUAAUAGUUUAAGGUACUUUAAUGAGGUGUGGAAAUAUCAGGGUGUAAGCGUGUGUGUGAGAGAGGGGUGUGUGUUGUAAGGUACAAGUUAAAUUAGAGGAAAUAAACUAGUGUGUGUGGAGGGCUGGGAGUGGAGCAAGCCAGCAUGAGCUAGUGGCUGUAGGCAGUUCUUGUAUAUGUGCUGUGUGUCGGGUCCUUGACACUGGCACGGCCAGAACUACUCCCCAGCUCCACCUGCACACAGCAAAACAAUUAAAUACAGUGCCACAAUGGGGCAGCCAAGAUGGGGCCGUGACAUCGUCUAAAUCUCAUCACAUUUAAAUUCAGCGUCCUACAAGUCUUUUUUUGUUUACAACUUUUACAGCAGUGUUCACAUGGAAGUUAUAUGGGGUCAUGGUACAACUAGGAUGUACCAACUAAAGAUAUUUUUACAUAUGUUAACGAUUCAACAAUGUGGACAUUAAAAGUAGUUGUCAAUUUGCUCUUACUGUUGCUCAGUCUGCUCACUUCUGCCUUGGGAACAUGACACAGAAAAGGAAAACAAAUGUAUUUAUUAUUUGAAUUAUUUGACUGAGUAAGCCACACAUUUUGUGUUAUAUAACGCUGUUAUAUAAACUGUUAUACUGUUAUAUAAAAAGUGUGACUGUAAACUCUGUAACUAGUAAUAUAAAAUGUUAGGUAGCUUUUCUUUUGAUUUUGUUGCUUUGCAGAUUUCUUUUGGUGCCGAGAUUCUGUCUACAAAGGACCAACACAUCUAUGAAACUAUGAAAGACAGAAGCUCUAGUGAAUGAGAAGUUAUAGCACUACUCUGAAUACUAAUAAAUAAAUCUACAUUAUGGACGCAUUAAGUGAUGUCUUUAAUCUUUUCCUCAGACUUAAUCCACCAU